AUGAGUAAGACAAAUCCGCUAGCAAUCCAAUUACCGCCCGGAACAGUUAUUGAGGGGCGCUUUUUGUUCGAAACAUUAUCAAUGGGUCGUUAUAGUACUGUAUUUAAAGUUGAGGAUAAAUUUGAUAAUCGUCAAAAAUAUUGCAUAAAGAUAGAAUAUGAUCGAGGAUCAAAGACUAAUUAUUUACAUCAAGAAAUUGCUGUUUUACACAAAUUGGAAACACGUGAAAAUAUGGCUAGAUUAUAUUAUUGUGAACGUUGUGAACCGUUUUCAUUUAUGUUAACAACAUUAUUCGGCAAAAGUAUUUGGACUUUACGGCAGAAUUUACCAAAUAAAUUACUAUCACCGGGAUGUUCAGCUCGUAUUGCCGUGCAUACAUUAUAUCAAAUUAAACAAAUACAUGAAAUUGGCUAUAUUUUACGAGAUUUAAAAAUUGGCGAUAUGCUAGUUGGAUUAAGCGGUAAAGCAGCAAAAAUGAUCUUUUUGGUUGAUUUUGGAAUGUGUCGAACAUAUAUUCGAAAGAAUUUGAAUGGCUCAGUGACAAUUCGACCACAACGACAAAAAGUCUUUGUCCGUGGCAUUUUAAGGUAUUGCUCACCACGUAUUCAUAAACGACAAGAUGUAUGCCGAGCAGAUGACCUCUGGUCACUUGCUUACAUUCUUGUUGAUUUAACUACUGGACUUCCAUGGCGUGAUAUUAAAUUAGAAAAACCAGUCGCAAAGGAAAAAGAAACAAUUAGCGAUGCAAAAUUAUUUAAAGAUUGCCCGGAAGAAUGGAUUGAAAUAAUGCAACAUAUUCGAUCAUUAAACUAUGAAACACGUCCCAAUUAUAAAUUAAUCUAUAAUCAAUUGCAGAAAACAUUGAUUCGAUUACAGGUUUCUUAUUCAGAUCCAUGGGAUUGGGAUCUUGUGGGUAAUAAUGUAAUUCUUGAAGCAGAUUCACGAGAAAAAACUUCAUCAUCACAUUCGAAAUCGGAAAAAAUUGAUCAUUCCGGAUCCGAACAAACAUCAAUGCAAAAUGAUUCAUCGAAUGAAUGCAAUUUAAACGCAAAUCAAAAUGAUUUAUCAAAGGUACAAAAUGUGUCUGAAAAUCGAUUAAAACAAAAAAAUCCAUUUAAAGAAUUUAUUAGUGCACUUCGAAGUUCAAUUCCUUUGGUUCCAAGUGUAACAACCGGACAGCAAUCUCCACUGCUACCGCCUAGCAAACGGAAACGUUUAUCAGCACUGGAAUAUGAUCCAUCAUUUCCGACAACAAAUCCGGAAGAAUUUGAAAGAAACGAUAUUGGAAUUUAA